AUGCUUUUGCCUCAUGCUCUAGGGGAAGAUACCGAGGCCGACCCUCUGUACCUUCGAGCUAUUGAGGUUGGGGAGAAGAAGCUUGGCCCCGACCACCCGGAUCUUGCAACGUGGCUCAACAACCAGGCGGUGUUGUUGAGAAAGCAGGGCAAGUAUGACGAGGCUGGGCCUCUGUACAGGCGCUCGCUGGCUAUCGACGAGAAAGUUUACGGUCGUGACCCCCCUGACGUCGCUACAAACCUCAACAACUUGGCGAGAUUGUUCGAUAGGCAGUGUGCUGAGACCCUACCACUCUGUGAGCGGUCACCAGCCAUACAAGCGACGGUUCUAGACCUGGGGCACCUGGAUGUGGCCCAGGCACUCGAAAACCGGGUGUGA